CCGGCAAGCCAUGCGUUUCUCUCUGACGUGUAAUGAAGUAUCCAAUCACUGAUGAGCGGCACAGAUGGAACGCAAGCUCUGAGGUUCGUGACACGCAAGCUCUGGUUCCCCUACGUAAUUUCCGGUCUUACUUCCUUAGUGGACUCCCAGCCAAAGUAAGUUCGUUCAGGUAAGUUGCAUUAUAUCAAUAAUAUCCAUAUAUCAUAAUAAUAGAGUAUAAUAUCCAUAUAUCAUAAUAAUAGAGUAUAAUAUCCAUAUAUCAUUAUAUUAAUAGUGUAUAAUAUCUAUAUAUCAUAAUAAUAGAGUAUAAUAUCUAUAUAUCAUAAUAAUAGCGUAUAAUAUCCAUAUAUCAUAAUAAUAGCGUAUAAUAUCCAUAUAUCAUAAUAAUAGAGUAUAAUAUAUAUAUAUCAUUAUAUUAAUAGUGUAUAAUAUCUAUAUAUCAUAAUAAUAGAGUGUAAUAUCUAUAUAUCAUAAUAAUAGAGUAUAAUAUCUAUAUAUCAUUAUAUUAAUAGAGUAUAAUAUCUAUAUAUCAUUAUAUUAAUAGUGUAUAAUAUCUAUAUAUCAAUAUAUUAAUAGCGUAUAAUAUCCAUAUAUCAUAAUAAUAGAGUAUAAUAUCUAUAUAUCAUUAUAUUAAUAGAGUAUAAUAUCUAUAUAUCAUUAUAUUAAUAGUGUAUAAUAUCUAUAUAUCAUUAUAUUAAUAGCGUAUAAUAUCUAUAUAUCAUUAUAUUAAUAGAGUAUAAUAUCUAUAUAUCAUUAUAUUAAUAGUGUAUAAUAUCUAUAUAUCAUUAUAUUAAUAGCGUAUAAUAUCUAUAUAUCAUUAUAUUAAUAGAGUAUAAUAUCUAUAUAUCAUUAUAUUAAUAGUGUAUAAUAUCUAUAUAUCAAUAUAUUAAUAGUGUAUAAUAUCUAUAUAUCAAUAUAUUAAUAGCGUAUAAUAUCUAUAUAUCAUUAUAUUAAUAGCGUAUAAUAUCCAUAUAUCAAUAUAUUAAUAGCGUAUAAUAUCUAUAUAUCAUUAUAUUAAUAGCGUAUAAUAUCUAUAUAUCAAUAUAUUAAUAGUGUAUAAUAUCUAUAUAUCAAUAUAUUAAUAGCGUAUAAUAUCUAUAUAUCAUAAUAAUAGAGUAUAAUAUCUAUAUAUCAUUAUAUUAAUAGAGUAUAAUAUCUAUAUAUCAUUAUAUUAAUAGCGUAUAAUAUCUAUAUAUCAAUAUAUUAAUAGUGUAUAAUAUCCAUAUAUCAAUAUAUUAAUAGAGUAUAAUAUCUAUAUAUCAUAAUAAUAGCGUAUAUCUAUAUAUCAUUAUAUUAAUAGAGUAUAAUAUCUAUAUAUUAAUAGAGUAUAAUAUCUAUAUAUCAUUAUAUUAAUAGCGUAUAAUAUCUAUAUAUCAUUAUAUUAAUAGAGUAUAAUAUCUAUAUAUCAAUAUAUUAAUAGAGUAUAAUAUCUAUAUAUCAUUAUAUUAAUAGAGUAUAAUAUCUAUAUAUCAAUAUAUUAAUAGAGUAUAAUAUCUAUAUAUCAUUAUAUUAAUAGAGUAUAAUAUCUAUAUAUCAAUAUAUUAAUAGUGUAUAAUAUCUAUAUAUCAUUAUAUUAAUAGAGUAUAAUAUCUAUAUAUCAUUAUAUUAAUAGAGUAUGAUAUCUAUAUAUCAUUAUAUUAAUAGCGUAUAAUAUCUAUAUAUCAAUAUAUUAAUAGAGUAUAAUAUCCAUAUAUCAAUAUAUUAAUAGUGUAUAAUAUCUAUAUAUCAUUAUAUUAAUAGAGUAUAAUAUCUAUAUAUCAAUAUAUUAAUAGAGGAUGAUAUCUAUAUAUCAUUAUAUUAAUAGCGUAUAAUAUCUAUAUAUCAAUAUAUUAAUAGAGUAUAAUAUCCAUAUAUCAAUAUAUUAAUAGUAUAUAAUAUCUAUAUAUCAUUAUAUUAAUAGAGUAUAAUAUCUAUAUAUCAUAAUAAUAGAGUAUAAUAUCCAUAUAUCAUAAUAAUAGAGUAUAAUAUCCAUAUAUCAUAAUAAUAGAGUAUAAUAUCUAUAUAUCAUUAUAUUAAUAGCGUAUAAUAUCUAUAUAUCAAUAUAUUAAUAGAGUAUAAUAUCUGUAUAUCAUUAUAUUAAUAGCGUAUAAUAUCUAUAUAUCAAUAUAUUAAUAGAGUAUAAUAUCUGUAUAUCAUUAUAUUAAUAGCGUAUAAUAUCUAUAUAUCAAUAUAUUAAUAGAGUAUGAUAUCUAUAUAUCAUUAUAUUAAUAGAGUAUAAUAUCUAUAUAUCAGUAUAUUAAUAGCGUAUAAUAUCUAUAUAUCAAUAUAUUAAUAGCGUAUAAUAUCUAUAUAUCAUUAUAUUAAUAGAGUAUAAUAUCUGUAUAUCAUUAUAUUAAUAGAGUAUGAUAUCUAUAUAUCAUUAUAUUAAUAGAGUAUGAUAUCUAUAUAUCAAUAUAUUAAUAGAGUAUAAUAUCUAUAUAUCAUUAUAUUAAUAGAGUAUAAUAUCUAUAUAUCAUUAUAUUAAUAGAGUAUGAUAUCUAUAUAUCAAUAUAUUAAUAGAGUAUGAUAUCUAUAUAUCAAUAUAUUAAUAGAGUAUAAUAUCUAUAUAUCAAUAUAUUAAUAGCGUAUAAUAUCUAUAUAUCAUUAUAUUAAUAGAGUAUAAUAUCUAUAUAUCAUAAUAAUAGAGUAUAAUAUCUAUAUAUCAUUAUAUUAAUAGCGUAUAAUAUCUAUAUAUCAUUAUAUUAAUAGAGUAUAAUAUCCAUAUAUCAUAAUAAUAGAGUAUAAUAUCCAUAUAUCAUAUUAAUAGAGUAUAAUAUCUAUAUAUCAUUAUAUUAAUAGAGUAUAAUAUCCAUAUAUCCUUAAUAAUAGGUAUAAUAUCUAUAUAUCAAUAUAUUAAUAGGUAUAAUAUCUGUAUAUCAUUAUAUUAAUGAGAGUAUAAUAUCAUAUCAUUAUAUUAAUAGUAUAAUAUCUAUAUCAAUAUAUUAAUAGGUAUAAUAUCUAUAUAUCAUUAUAUUAAUGGGUAUAAUAUCUGUAUAUCAUUAUAUUAAUAUUUAUGUAUCUAUAUAUCAUUGUUAUAUUAGUAAAGUAUAAUAUCAUAUAUCAUUAUAUUAAUGGCGUGUAAUAUCUAUAUAUCAAUAUAUUAAUGAGUGUUAAUAUCUGUAUAUCAUUAUAUUAAUAGUAUAAUAUCUAUAUAUCAAUAUAUUAAUAGAGUAUAAUAUCUGUAUAUCAUUAUAUUAAUAGCGUAUAAUAUCUAUAUAUCAAUAUAUUAAUAGAGUAUGAUAUCUAUAUAUCAUUAUAUUAAUAGAGUAUAAUAUCUAUAUAUCAUUAUAUUAAUAGCGUAUAAUAUCUAUAUAUCAAUAUAUUAAUAGCGUAUAAUAUCUAUAUAUCAAUAUAUUAAUAGUGUAUAAUAUCUAUAUAUCAUUAUAUUAAUAGAGUAUAAUAUCUGUAUAUCAUUAUAUUAAUAGAGUAUGAUAUCUGUAUAUCAUUAUAUUAAUAGAGUAUAAUAUCUAUAUAUCAUUAUAUUAAUAGAGUAUGAUAUCUAUAUAUCAAUAUAUUAAUAGAGUAUGAUAUCUAUAUAUCAAUAUAUUAAUAGAGUAUAAUAUCUAUAUAUCAUUAUAUUAAUAGAGUAUGAUAUCUAUAUAUCAAUAUAUUAAUAGAGUAUAAUAUCUAUAUAUCAAUAUAUUAAUAGCGUAUAAUAUCUAUAUAUCAUUAUAUUAAUAGAGUAUAAUAUCUAUAUAUCAUAAUAAUAGAGUAUAAUAUCUAUAUAUCAUAUUAAUAGAGUAUAAUAUCUAUAUAUCAUUAUAUUAAUAGAGUAUAAUAUCCAUAUAUCAUAAUAAUAGAGUAUAAUAUCCAUAUAUCAUAUUAAUAGAGUAUAAUAUCUAUAUAUCAUUAUAUUAAUAGAGUAUAAUAUCUAUAUAUCAUUAUAUUAAUAGUGUAUAAUAUCUAUAUAUCAUUAUAUUAAUAGUGUAUAAUAUCUAUAUAUCAUUAUAUUAAUAGAGUAUAAUAUCCAUAUAUCAAUAUAUUAAUAGAGUAUAAUAUCCAUAUAUCAAUAUAUUAAUAGAGUAUAAUAUCUAUAUAUCAUUAUAUUAAUAGCGUAUAAUAUCUAUAUAUCAAUAUAUUAAUAGAGUAUAAUAUCUAUAUAUCAUUAUAUUAAUAGAGUAUAAUAUCUAUAUAUCAAUAUAUUAAUAGAGUAAUAUCUAUAUAUCAUUAUAUUAAUAGCGUAUAAUAUCUAUAUAUCAAUAUAUUAAUAGAGUAUAAUAUCUAUAUAUCAUUAUAUUAAUAGAGUAUAAUAUCUAUAUAUCAAUAUAUUAAUAGUAUAUAAUAUCUAUAUAUCAUUAUAUUAAUAGAGUAUAAUAUCUAUAUAUCAUUAUAUUAAUAGCGUAUAAUGUCUAUAUAUCAAUAUAUUAAUAGUGUAUAAUAUCUAUAUAUCAUUAUAUUAAUAGCGUAUAAUAUCUAUAUAUCAAUAUAUUAAUAGAGUAUAAUAUCUAUAUAUCAAUAUAUUAAUAGUGUAUAAUAUCUAUAUAUCAUUAUAUUAAUAGCGUAUAAUAUCUAUAUAUCAUAUUAAUAGAGUAUAAUAUCUAUAUAUCAAUAUAUUAAUAGUGUAUCUAUAUAUCAUUAUAUUAAUAGAGUAUAAUAUCUAUAUAUCAAUAUAUUAAUAGCGUAUAAUAUCUAUAUAUCAAUAUAUUAAUAGAGUAUAUCUAUAUAUCAAUAUAUUAAUAGUGUAUAAUAUCUAUAUAUCAUUAUAUUAAUAGCGUAUAAUAUCUGUAUAUCAUUAUAUUAAUAGAGUAUAAUAUCUGUAUAUCAUUAUAUUAAUAGAGUAUAAUAUCUAUAUAUCAAUAUAUUAAUAGUGUAUAAUAUCCAUAUAUCAUUAUAUUAAUAGAGUAUAAUAUCUGUAUAUCAAUAUAUUAAUAGUGUAUAAUAUCCAUAUAUCAUAUUAAUAGCGUAUAAUAUCUAUAUAUCAUUAUAUUAAUAGCGUAUAAUAUCUAUAUAUUAAUAGCUUAUAAUAUCUAUAUAUCAUUAUAUUAAUAGUGUAUAAUAUCUAUAUAUCAUUAUAUUAAUAGCGUAUAAUAUCUAUAUAUCAUUAUAUUAACAGAGUAUAAUAUCUAUAUAUCAUUAUAUUAAUAGCGUAUAAUAUCUGUAUAUCAUUAUAUUAAUAGUGUAUAAUAUCUAUAUAUCAUUAUAUUAACAGAGUAUAAUAUCUAUAUAUCAUUAUAUUAAUAGCGUAUAAUAUCUGUAUAUCAUUAUAUUAAUAGUGUAUAAUAUCUAUAUAUCAUUAUAUUAAUAGCGUAUAAUAUCUGUAUAUCAUUAUAUUAAUAGCGUAUAAUAUCUAUAUAUCAAUAUAUUAAUAGAGUAUAAUAUCUAUAUAUCAAUAUAUUAAUAGUGUAUAAUAUCUAUAUAUCAAUAUAUUAAGAGUAUAAUAUCUAUAUAUCAAUAUAUUAAUAGUGUAUAAUAUCUAUAUAUCAAUAUAUUAAUAGAGUAUAAUAUCAAUAGCGUAUAAUAUCUAUAUAUCAAUAUAUUAAUAGUGUAUAAUAUCUAUAUAUCAAUAUAUUAAUAGAGUACAAUAUCUAUAUAUCAUUAUAUUAAUAGAGUACAAUAUCUAUAUAUCAUUAUAUUAAUAGCGUAUAAUAUCUAUAUAUCAUUAUGUUAAUAGCGUAUAAUAUCUGUAUAUCAUUAUAUUAAUAGCGUAUAAUAUCUGUAUAUCAUUAUAUUAAUAGCGUGUAAUAUCUAUAUAUCAUUAUAUUAAUAGUGUAUAAUAUCUAUAUAUCAUUAUAUUAAUAGAGUAUAAUAUCUAUAUAUCAUUAUGUUAAUAGCGUAUAAUAUCUGUAUAUCAUUAUAUUAAUAGCGUAUAAUAUCUAUAUAUCAUUAUAUUAAUAGCGUAUAAUAUCUAUAUAUCAAUAUAUUAAUAGUGUAUAGCUAUAUAUCAUUAUAUUAAUAGAGUAUAAUAUCUAUAUAUCAUUAUAUUAAUAGAGUAUAAUAUCCAUAUAUCAUUAUAUUAAUAGCGUAUAAUAUCUAUAUAUCAAUAUAUUAAUAGCGUAUAAUAUCUAUAUAUCAAUAUAUUAAUAGAGUAUAAUAUCUAUAUAUCAUUAUAUUAAUAGCGUAUAAUAUCUAUAUAUCUAGAUAUUAAUAGAGUAUAAUAUCUAUAUCAUUAUAUUAAUAGAGUAUAAUAUCCAUAUAUCAUUAUAUUAAUAGCGUAUAAUAUCUAUAUAUCAAUAUAUUAAUAGUGUAUAAUAUCUAUAUAUCAUUAUAUUAAUAGCGUAUAAUAUCUAUAUAUCAUUAUAUUAAUAGAGUAUAAUAUCUAUAUAUCAUUAUAUUAAUAGUGUAUAAUAUCUAUAUAUCAAUAUAUUAAUAGAGUAUAAUAUCUAUAUAUCAUUAUAUUAAUAGCGUAUAAUAUCUAUAUAUCAUUAUAUUAAUAGUGUAUCUAUAUAUCAAUAUAUUAAUAGUGUAUAAUAUCUAUAUAUCAAUAUAUUAGUAGUGUAUAAUAUCUAUAUAUCAUAUUAAUAGCGUAUAAUAUCUAUAUAUCAUUAUAUUAAUAGCGUAUAAUAUCUAUAUAUCAAUAUAUUAAUAGAGUAUAAUAUCUAUAUAUCAUUAUAUUAAUAGCGUAUAAUAUCUAUAUAUCUAGAUAUUAAUAGAGUAUAAUAUCUAUAUCAUUAUAUUAAUAGAGUAUAAUAUCUAUAUAUCAUUAUAUUAAUAGCGUAUAAUAUCUAUAUAUCAAUAUAUUAGUGUAUAAUAUCUAUAUAUCAUAUUAAUAGUGUAUAAUAUCUAUAUAUCAAUAUAUUAAUAGCGUAUAAUAUCUAUAUAUCAAUAUAUUAAUAGCGUAUAAUAUCUAUAUAUCAUUAUAUUAAUAGUGUAUAAUAUCUAUAUCUUAAUAGCGUAUAAUAGCUAUUUGUGUUCGGGGCAAAUAGCCGUAUAUGGAGUAAGGUUCCAGCAUAAGCGUAGGAUAGUAUAAAGGGAGCAAGUCGGUUGUGGUGUGCCGAGACCGACAAUACGGUAGGCCUGUAAAUAAAGAGGGCAAAAAGAAUAAUCAAAGAUUUAAUACAGUCAACAAUAUAUACAAAUUAACCAGACAUUUCCUUAAAUGCAUUACGGUAUUUAAUUCCUUGAAGGAUUUUGAAGGUAGGAAUCUAGGACCGCAACUGGACACCAUUUGUUGUGGGUACGAUAUUAAGUUAUCUCUACUGUUGGUGCGUGUUGACUUGUUUCGGAAUGUGGUAGAGCCAAUAGGUAAUGAUAUAUGUGUUUACAUACGUGGGAUCGUUGAAGACAAUGAUCGAUCUGAGUGGUGGUUAUGGUAGUGGAUUCUCUGGCCUGAGAAAGGCAUAAAAGGCAGUGUGCAUGGCUGGUAAUGGCCGACUUGGUAGUAUAAUUGAAUGGUUGUAGCUCUAAUAGGUCCGAUAAGGAUGAAAAAGUUGGAUGGCUAUUGGUAAUCUCUGAGAGGAACGUGGGGGGGUGGAUUCCUGAAAACCUCUGAGUAUAUUCUUGUUUGGUAUGAUAGCAUGAAGUUAUGGUAGUUUUGGCCAUAGGUUAUCCUGUGUUGUUGAAUGCCUGUAAAAUAUAUAAUUAAUGGUGUGUGAGAUGGUUUUAGUUUAAGGUGGCAAAAAAUGAAGCAAAACCUAGGAGAAAUGUUAUGACACAGGUUGAGCUAUGUCGUGUUCCAAUGAGAUUCUUUAAAGCCAGGUGAAUAGCUGUGUUAUGCGUUCUACAAGUAUGGGAUGAAAGUGGGGUAGCGAAGGUGUGUGUUGCCAAUAAGUCUAUGGUUAGUCUUUGUUUAAGGGAAGAUUCUCUUGUGACAAUAGCAAUGUGUUUGGUGCCAUGCUGUAAAUGGUGGAGAUUGGAAAACCCAAGUAAAAACCCCUCUGCAAAUCUUGGCUAUGAGUGUGUUUACAGCCGACAGUUCUGUUGUGCUGACUGUAAGUGAGGGCAUGCUAUAUUCCUUGAGGGUUUAUUUAUGAUACCUGUAUGGGAGCCCUUUGAAGCUCCAGAGCCUUAGUAAAUCUACUACAAGUCUGGAAGGGUGAUGAGUCAGUAGUGUUGAAAAUGCAUUGGUGUGUACGUUAUUUGUAAGUUGUAUUGGGACACAUGAUUUGUCAUGUGCCCUGAAUGAUUUGAACAUAUAUGCAACAGUCUAUAUGCAAUGCAACUACCAAUACCAAUUGUCUCUGGUAGUUCAGAGGUGCUGGUACCUGGAGCCUGAGAGUGCUCGUCCGUUUGGGAGAAAAUCCCUUCUGUAUGGGUACCUGCACAAAUAAGCAUCUCUUAUACAUCAUCAUACAUAUAUAUGCCUUGUUUCCCCAAUGUGCCGGGAUCAAAUGUGCAGGGGUAACGUCUUGUACCAAGAAUUGAUUGUACCAGGUAACCGAGUUUCGGUUGGUGCUGGUUGUACAGUAGCGUGAGGCCCAGCCUUGUGAGGGCUGUGUUGACCAACUCGAGAUUGCCAGUCUGUCGUAAAUUUUUUGGCUCAUGAGUUUAUGAGUAAGGCUAGCAUGGCCAGGGUGUCACCUGAGUUGGUGUUUCUGGGCCUUCCCCUGCCUCCGUGUUGUCCGUUGAUGUAUGAAGGAGUUUGAAUAACUCUGCUUUCCUUGCUGUGGCAGGGUAGGGGAUUUGUCGCCUCCUUAGGUUGCAGCCACAUCUCCUCUGCUUGAAGGUGUAUCACUUCUAGCCGGGGUUCCAGGAAGAGGUGAUUCUUCACCAUCUUUUUGAGAAAUACUUAAAUAACAAUAAAGAUUGCAAUUAUUAUUUGUACCCAGGGGUCUUGUACUGGCUUGCUAGCUAAGCCAUAAGGCGAAACGAUUAGGCUUGGUGUUUUUUGGUGACUGGUGAGGUCCUGCUAAUAGCCAAGUGGCUUGAGAGGCUCUAUCUAUGCCUGGCGCGAGGGGAUUUUUUGUGGCCACCGAACGUUGUGGCAAGAUGUUGGCCUCUCUGUGACAGUAACCAGAAAAUAGGAAGGGGAGUGACAGGUGAGGCCCUCUCUAUGAUACAAUGCGAGGCGGCUAGCUCACGAGUGGCCCGAGGGGUGUAUGCCUCCGAGUGUGAGGCGGGGUGUUGGCCUCGCGGGACCACUAACCGAAGCAUAAUGCAGAGAAAAAAGGGGGUAAUACCUAUUGGACCCUAGAACCCUAAUUGCCAGUACACUAUUACUAUUCCAGGGAAGGUAAGAGAUGGAUAACUACGUGAGCAGGUGUACGUACCUGGUAGUAUGGUAUUGAACCUGACAAUCCGUAUAGGUUUUUUAGUAGUAACUGUAACCUGAAUGGAUAAAAUCGUAUGGCAUAAGGAAAUAUGGCAUAGACCAAGCUUAUCUUAAAACAUACAGUAUAUGUGAAAGUAAAGUGCCGUGAUAUGUAAAUAUUAAACAUCAUAUCCAUACUGGUUAAAUAUGUAUCAAUCUUAACCCAUUAAGUGCCGUAUGUAUGUGAACCAUAUUACCAGUUACGUAUAUACAGAUGCGUGUGCUACUGUGUAAUAAUAUGUGUAUUUAUAACAGAUGUUGAUAUACUGCUUGCUAUGUGAAUUGUUGUAUGCCUUAUUGAAUGGUCAGUGAACAUGGUGUUGCAAAAUGCAAGUGCACUGGAGAUCUGCCGAGUGCCCUAUAGGUGGCAGUGUAGUUGAUACUGAUUGGUAUGUGAAAUGUUGUCUGUUGACCUAUAGGAGUCAGUGUUUUGGUGUUUGUAAAACCCCAUGAAAAUUGUCAAUGUAUUUGACAGACCUGUAGGUGGCAGUGUUGAUAGAACCACUGUUAGUCUUGAUGUGAAAUGUAAAUUAUUGUGAAUUAAACCUGAAGUUGAGCCCUUGUUGGAGUUUAAUUUAUGGUUUAUGGUUAUGUUUAAAACAAUAUUAUGUGUAAUUUAUAUUGGCUGGUAAUUGUAUAUGACAUGUGAAGACAGUUUUGCUGUUGACCAGUAGGGGUCAGAAAUGCUGAUUGUAUGGUAAAUUACCAUUUAACCCCUGAAGGAUACAUGACAUGUGUGACAUAUCAUGAUUCCCUUUUAUUCCAGAGUUUGGUCCUUAAGGGGUUAAUCUAAAUGCAAGGUUAACGUGAGAUUUUGAGAGUGACCUGUAGGGGUCAGUGUGGUUUAUGUGAAACAUUGUUCGUGAGCUAUGCCCCAGCAUUAUAGUUGUAUGACAGGGAAACGAACAGUGCCCGUUUGACAAUAUACAAUAAGUGAACAUAAUAUCUUAAUAACAGUCAUUGUAACAAACCAAAGUUCUGUUCAUGGGUUGUAAACGCACGAAACGUGUGUAGUACAAUAGUAAAUGCAUGAACUAGUUCCCGUUUGGCAGAAAAUUGCACGAACCGUGAGCCUGGUAUGUCAGGGAAACAAAACAAAACGAGCAGUGAGAUUCGAAAUGCACGCACAGAAUUGCCUAGUAUGUUUAGCCAAUUGAAACAGAAUGUGUUCCCGUUUGGGAGUAUGCUAAUGCUCGAAAUGAGCCAGAGACAGAUAUAAACAAGUGAAUUUAAACGAAUGAUAUGCAUGAACAUGCAAUGGUUUUAGGACAGAUUUAGACAAAAUGCAGCCGUAAAGUGAGGACCUGACUCCUGCAUGGUGCCGUGGGACUGAUGCCUGGCGUAACGGGUAGGUCGACUUACGGUUUGUGAGUCACUUGGACACCACCCACAGCGAUAGAUUGAAGAAAGAAGGUGGUAGGCUGGAAAAGCCUGUGGCUGGAUUCCUGACACAGCUCAGCUUAGAAAACCUCAUGGAAUAAUCAGGUAAAAUGGCGCCUGGAUGACCCGGAAGUGGAAAUCAUUCUGAUGCUGACCUCAAGCGAUAUGGAGUCAGGUAAGGGGUGUCCCUUAUAUAGGGGAGUGAAUUAAUUUAAGCCCCUCCCACAAAUACAGGCCAAACGGCCUUAAAACAUAUCAUUAUAUUAAUAGAGUAUAAUAUCUAUAUAUCAUUAUAUUAAUAGAGUAUAAUAUCUAUAUAUCAAUAUAUUAAUAGUGUAUAAUAUCUAUAUAGCAUUAUAUUAAUAGUGCAUAAUAGCUAUAUAUCAAUAUAUUAAUAACGUAUAAUAUCUAUAUAUCAUUAUAUUAAUAGAGUAUAAUAUCUAUAUAUCAUUAUAUUAAUAGUGUAUAAUAUCUGUAUAUCAUUAUAUUAAUAGCGUAUAAUAUCUAUAUAUCAAUAUAUUAAUAGAGUAUAAUAUCUAUAUAUCAUUAUAUUAAUAGCGUAUAUCUAUAUAUCAAUAUAUUAAUAGCGUAUAAUAUCUAUAUAUCAUAUAUUAAUAGUGUAUAAUAUCUAUAUAUUUAAUAGCAUAUAAUAUCUAUAUAUCAUUAUAUUAAUAGUGUAUAAUAUCUAUAUAUCAAUAUAUUAAUAGAUUAUAAUAUCCAUAUAUCAUUAUAUUAAUAGUGUAUAAUAUCUAUAUAUCAAUAUAUUAAUAGUGUAUAAUAUCUAUAUAUCAAUAUAUUAAUAGCGUAUAAUAUCUGUAUAUCAUUAUAAUAAUAGCAUAUAAUAGCUAUAUAUGAAUAGCGUAUAAUGUCUAUAUAUCAACAUAUUAAAGGAUCACUAUAGUGCCCUGAGGGUGCCCCCUCCCGCCGGCCUCUGGGAUGAGGAAGGGGUUAAGCUUACCUCUUUCUUCAGAGCCGGAAGGGGAACUCUCCUCCUCCUCUCCUCUCUCUUCUCCUCCCUCUUCUCUUCCUCUUCGGCUGAAUGCGCAUGUGCUGCAGGAGCCGCGCGCACAUUCAGCCAGUCCAUAGGAAAGCAUUCACAAUGCUUUCCUAUGGACGCUGGUGUCUUCACACUGUGAAAAUCACAGUGAGAAGCACGCAAGCGCUUCUUGCGGCUGUCAAGAGACAGCCACUAGAGGCUGGAUUAACCCUAUUAUAAACAUAGCAGUUUCUCUUAGAAAACCCUACCUAAAUAGUGUAAAAUAAAGAAAGAAAACCCUACCUUUAUUGAAUCUAAGAUAAACAUGGGAAGAGCCCAAUAUUACUGAAUACCACAAAGGGUGUUUCAUUUUGGCUUCACUUUAUUUUACACCUUUUUUUUGCUAGCACUAUAAGCACUUUAUAGUUUACUUUCAUUUGUUACCUUGAGACUAAGGUGUGUUGGUUCAGGUAGGCACUAGUUUCGUUCGGUACCGAGGUAACCGAGGGACAGCAUAUAGUUCAUUGGUUUUGCCUUUACCUUUAGGUCCUAUCUGGUCUUGUACAUUUUGCUUCUAUUGCGCGUGGUCAGGCCUCUAUAGACACUGUCCUUGGAUCACCCUUUUACCAAGAGGAGUGGUGUUUGGGCAUACGUCAAGUAGUGUACUUGUACUAUUUAAUAAAUGUGUAUUGAACAAGAUAGAAUGUAACAUAUAUCUGUGUGUAGUUACAAUAUUUUGAGAUAACUUUUUAACAUCAAUGAAGCAAAAACUCAGGGGGUAGAUAUGGCUCUGGAGCACAGUGAAGAAGAUAGAAGGGGUGAAAUGUAACUUAUGUAACAGUAGGAAUGGAAGGAUGGGCUGUUGGAGGAUGUCAAUUUGGCCAGGAGGAGAGAGUGAGGAUAAAUUUAGGAGGCAAUAUGAGAGUAGUUACACUUGUGCUUUGACUAUUGCAAAGUCAUCUUCAAAGACCACUCCAAGCACCAUAACUACAACAGCUGGUCCACUGGUUUUAAUUGUGGUAAUCGGUAUUAUUGGUCUCCUCCCAUUUUUAUCUUAGAUUCAAUAAAGGUAGGGUUUUCUUUCUUUAUUUUACACUAUUUUUCUCUUUCUGUGAAGAAGAUAGAAGGGGUGAAAUGUAACUUAUGUAACAGUAGGAAAGGAAGACCACUCCAAGCACCAUAACUACAACAGCUGGUCCACUGGUUUUAAUUGUGGUAAUCGGUAAUAUUGGUCUCCUCCCAUUUUUAUCUUAGAUUCAAUAAAGGUAGGGUUUUCUUUCUUUAUUUUACACUAUUUUUCUCUUUCUGUGCUCUCUCUGGGUAUUCCUUAGGAUUUGGAGGACUAAAUUGAGUAUCAUUCUUGAUUUUUGUAAUUUACGUUUUUAGGGUUAUCCCCUCUCUGAGAGCACAGUUUAGGUGACCGCCCUCCGAUUUCGAAGGUUGGAUGCCGUGGCAUCCUUUCUCCCUAUUGUGGAGCAAGUGAUAUUCACGCUAUCCCAUUUCUUUGAUUAAUCUUGAAAAUUGCCAUGGAGUUCAUCCACCUGCUGACUGGUGAGGUGAGACUUUUUUAUAGUUUGGUCAACGUCUGCAGCAUGUCUGUACACGGUCACAUUUAACCCCUUAAGGACCAAACUUCUGGAAUAAAAGGGAAUCAUGACAUGUCUCACACGUCAUGUGUCCUUAAGGGGUUAAAGGAACACUCCAAGCACCUUGACUAUAGUAAUACUUCGUGUUUCUAGUGCAAUGGAGCCUAUCCCUCCCUCCCCUCCCCCACAUUGUAAGAAGCCAAACUUAGGAUCUGUCGAGAGAUGCUCCUUGCAUCCACUACUUCAGACAGAAAGCUAGAAGCUCUUUGUUUGAGCUAAGCACAGCAAUGCAAUGCUUAACUCUGAGUGAUCAGCUGACUCCUUCUGCCAGUCAGCUAGACCCCAUGAACUGUAGGGUUUAGUUUAGGAGAGCUAACCGAAGCUCCUGCACAGGAACCUGUGGCUCUCCAUUGGAAGUAGUAGAGGCAGGGAGCGGCACCUGUCAGACAGCAGAGAAGAAGUCAAACCGUGCUAAUACAAUUUUAAAUCUUAUAAACCAAUGGGUGUCAGUUUAUUCCUGGUACUAUAACCACUAAAACAUGCUGUAAUGUUUAUAGCGCUCGGAGUAUUCCUUUAAAAUACGGAUGACCAUAAUAUCUGGUGUUGUGGGAAACCAUAAAUAAUUAAAGGACUUUGUACAUGGGACGGGUCAUUUUCUGAAUAUUCAGGAAGAAACAUGUCUUCAAAGCGGGAGUGAUUUUUAAGAAAGUGCCUUGUUCAACCUUUAGGAUUAUAAUGUCGUAAAGAAGUCACCAACAACAGCACCUACACGACGCAGAUCCACACCACGCCACCUUUAAAUCGUUCACUGGUACACAAGAAAAACACAGACCAGAACAUCCUGGAAUUUACCAAUCUGGUCAUCCACCUGCUGACUGGAGAGGUGAGGAUGCUGGGACAUCAUACAGCAAAUUCAAGGGAUGAUUUUUGGUCUGUAUGAUCUGUACAAUUGUUAGACAUCAUAUUUGGAGUGCAUUCAUGUUUUUUUCUAAUUUCACACAGCAGAUAUCAUUUUACAAUAAGUUUAUGCAAUAUAUGUCUAAAUCUGUCAUUUCGUUAAAGGGAUACUCCAGGCACACAGACCACUUCUGCCCAUUGGAGUGGUCUGGGUGCCAACUCCCACCACCCUUAACCCUGGAACUGUAAUUAUUGCAGUUUUCAUAAACUGCAAUAUUUACCUUUCAGGGUUAAGUCCCUCCUCUAGUGGCUGUCUGUCAGACAGCCACUAGAGGGACUUCCGUGUUCAUAGAACACGAAAAGUGUUUUAAACGACGCUGGAUGUCCUCACGUUAUGCGCCAUGUGUGGACCUCCAGCGUUGCCAAAAUCCCCAUUGGAAAGCAUUAAAUGAUGCUUUCCUAUGGGGAGGUCUAAUGCGCGUGUGCUCUAAACGUCUGGUACUUUGAUCUUAUAUUCCUUUAAUCAAUUAGUUAUUUUUUUGUAUUAAAUUAAUAAGUACACGACGUAAAGGGUGGAGUAUUAAACAAGAUAGAAUGUAACAUAAAUCUGUAUGUAGUUACAAUAUUUUGAGAUUACUUUUUAACAUCAAUGAAGCAAAAACUCAGAGGGUAGAGAUGGCUCUGGAGCACGGUGAAGAAGAUAGAAGGGGUGAAAUGUAACUCAUGUAACAGUAGGAAAGGAAGGGUGGGCUGUUGGAGGAUGUCAAUUUGGCCAGGAGGAGAGAGUGAGGAUAAAUUUAGGAGGCAAUAUGAGAGUAGUUACACUUGUGCUUUGACUAUUGCAAAGUCAUCUUCAAAGACCACUCCAAGCCCCGUAACCACAACAGCAAACCAUAGUUCCCUGGCACCCCACAUGUAUUAGUUACAUCUUACCUGAAUAUUGAAAUAAUCUGAAUCAUAAAAACCGCCCCCCAGGAAUCUUGAAUCCUUACACUGUUACUAAAUGAACACAACCAGCAGCUGGGUUUAUAUGGUUUCUUUACACUAUAAUGGGGAGCCAGUGUCUCAAUAAUACUAACUACAAUCUUUAGGAUAAGGGCUUGCAACGUAUUUUGACCUUAAGAUAUGUCUUCUUCCUGGCAUUUGCUCAUUCUACGGCUACGAUGGUUCAUAACAGGCUGUCUGUUUUUGUUCAUCACACCUACUCUGGUCGGAGCAGUUGUCAACUUUUUAAGUACCGAAGUUCUAAACCAAUAUAAUCUCAUUGCAUUAUAAAAUAGAUCCUUUAUCAUAUUGCAAGUGCUGUUGUGCAACAUUCCCUUAGUAUUGCAACUAACCUUUUUAAAGUGCUUGAAGUAAUUAGUGACAAUUAAUAAAAAAAAGGUUUUGCGGUCCAACACAAUUAAUACUUGCUACAUUCCCUUACUAAUUUUAUAAAUUCUAGUCCUUUAUGUGCUUAAUCUUUUAAUGUAAGAAUAUAGAUACAAUUGCCCAAAUCAGAUGCUUAUACUGUUGCUAAUCUAUUUAAAACAUAAAUUAUUGUUUUAAUUUAGAGACAUCUUUAUCUCAUUGAAGUGGUCUGGGUGCAGUGUCCCUUUAACCCUGCACAUCAUUGCAGAUUCAGGAUGUUUAUAUUGCGGAGCUAAGACUGCGUCUAGUGGCUGUCUAACGCUUCCUGCUGUUUUACAGUUUAACUCUGUGAAGUGAAGCUGGAUGUCCUCAUUGUGCAUGAGGUCCUCCAGCGUCUUCAAAUCUCCCAUAGGAAAACAUUGGUUUAGAAAGAGAUACUUCUGUGCUGGAAUACGCUGAGUGUUUUAAUGGCUCUUAAACUCUUUAAUUGCCACCAGGAGGGCGAGGCACUACAGUGUUAGAAUUGUAGCUUUGUGUUCCUAAUACUAUAGUGUUGCUUUAAUAAACUCAAUCAAAAAUGACAACAUUUAAAUAUGAAUAAUAUCUUCCGACACACAGACGCAAUGGAAACAAGGUUUCAUUUUUAUAGCAGUGUUUUUACUUUACAAGUUCUUAUCUCCUGCUCUGUUAAACUUUAAAGAGUUCCUUCCACCACCAUGAUCACAUCUGCUUCCUUUAGAAGUUGGCAUGGUAGUAGGACUCUGUAUAAUCAGUGUUUCUGCUUGAGAUACUGAGAUAUUUGUACCUUUGUGCUGGGAGCUAGUUGCACCCUGGGCACAUGUGACAUAGGCCUCCCAGAACUCUUAUCCGGGCUGCAUAGUGUCUGUUCUGUGCAAAAUGUACAUGUGUUGUUGGUAUGCUGGUGACAGAUUCUCCCUUACAGCUAGUGCAACAGUUGCUCUUCCCUCCUUCCGAGCAGUUCCUCCUGCCUCCCUAUAUCAUCGUUUUGUUUUGUUUUGUUUUUUAAAUUCCCUGAGGCGUUCUGAGCCAGGCAAACUGCGGCUCUGGAUCCCAGCUAAGUUUUGACCUUUUUCCUUGGAAUCCCAGAGCAAAUGUAAUAUUUAUGAGCAGAGUAGAUCUGUUAGUAGUGUCCAUUCUGCAAGGUGGCAUUCCUAUAUUUGUAGGAUACUUACGGGCUCUUAUGGAGAAUAGCUUCUUUUUGGUGGCAUACACAUGAAAUUGAAUGAUAUAAUUUGCCCUAGCAUCUAGCAUUACUGGCUCUGUGAGCUCUGUCUCUGAGCUAAAGAUGGUCAAGAAUAUCAGGUAAGUAGGAACUAAAUACACCUUCUAGCAGUUUGACCUAUGAACCUUUGCCAGUCUGUUCUGCCUACGUACUAAAGAGUAUUUCGGUGUACGCAGUUGGAGAGAUCUGCCAACAAAGAUUCAUGCUCCUCUAAUCUGGACAUCAUGGUAUUUCUGUCUCGACUCUCUGCUCAAGGUCUGCAUAUGGGACCCUAAGGCUUGUAUUUCCACCUUGUGGUUGGUAAAGGUCAGUAGGACUAUCCUUUGUUGUAGAAUUGUGGUAACACAUCUGCUUGUCACAAAGGCAGGGUUGGCUUUCACCUCCAUCUGUAGUGGGUGUUGAGUUUUUCUUUGUGCAAUGUCUAAAAUGUUUGUAGUGUUGGGUUGGUUUUCCUGAAUUUUUGCAGUAAUAAAAUUAAAGAAAUACUUAACCCAAUGCUCUGGUUGAACCACACUCUAAUGGUAUUUCAUUGUAUCAUUAUAUCAAGUAAAAAAUGGCAAGUGCAGCUUACAUAAUACAUAAUACAAUAAGACAGCAAAGUAUCAUGGGACUUCAACGGCUAUGCCUCCCUUGGGUUACAGGUACACUCAAUUACUCAAAUAGAAAUUACUGUUUAGACGAAUGCCCCCAAUGAAAACAUGCAUGCAUUAUAGAUAGCUUGCUAAAAAGUCAAGAUAUCUUGUCUGAAGCCUUUGCAAGUCCCCUUCUUCCACAGCCCAGACUCUCUGUGGCUGUCCAAUCAUUGACUUUCUAAUGUAGCUCAAUGAAAAAUAUAUUUGCAAGGUAGUAGCCCUGGGCAAGUUUACUCACUAUAGUGCUUUAGGGGUCCGUAGAGUCCCUUUAAGCACAAUGAAUAUCAGACGUCUGCGCUCUCCCAGAUAUCAUUGCAGAUAAUUUCAUUCUUGCAAUUGAACGAAUGUUCUACACUAUGAACGAUUGACUUAGAAUCACAAAUGUACAAUAUUAUAUAUCUUCACUGCAGAGCUGUAGCUGUGAAGAACAUUUGAAUGGCAGUAACUGUGUUGAGUGUCAGGUCCCAACCUCACGACAUCCAACUGAAGUGACGAUGAGCAAGGACGGGAAUCAAGUGACUAAGAGAAUCUUGGAACUCACCCUGAAGAUUAUUAACUUACUGACGGGAGAGGUGAGGGGUUCUGGGAAUGUCACAAUAGAAUUUCUGCGUAAAACAAAUAUUAUAAAUGUUUGGGCAUAUCAAGACUGAGACAAAUAUUGAUAUUUUUGCAGUAGUGGACCACGGAGUGGCAUAGCUACAGAGAUCAUUGCAUUUUAUUGGUUAUUAAUAUUUGUAUAUGCUUGUUGUUUCCAAUGUGUCUCUUACAUGCCUCCGAUACAUGUGUCUAUGUACACAAGUCUCUUUCUAUCUGUAGGAUUAUUUUGUUGUCCGGAAGCCUAGUGACCUUGCCACACACAACACCAGUACGCAUAAGUCAGUAGGUUCCUGUAAAACCCAGAACCCCAGCAUAGUACCUCUGCCUUACUUCUUGAUACAUGAGAGAAAUGAUGACAAAAAGAUCCUGGAACUGACCAACAAUAUCAUCCACCUGCUGACUGGAGAGGUGAGGCUGGUGGGAAUGGGACAUUAUUCAAUAAAACCAAGGGAUGUGUCUGGAUGAUGACUGUAGCAUUGUGUGUGUCAGGUUCCUGCAGCAUGUGAAGAUGUCACUGUCUAUCUCUCUAUGGAGAAGGUGGAGUAUUUAGACAGACACAAAGAUCUCCACAGGGAUGUAAUGAUGCAUCACCAGCCUCUUAAUUCUCUGGGUAAGAAAAUAUUGUCUUUGUCAUUUGUGGCACCUUGUUUAGUGGACAAAUUUAGUCAGCCACAAUAAGAUGGUUUGUUUAGCUAAUUCCUCAUUAUAACUGUUAUGAAUACACUGGAAAAGUUGCAGAAUAAGGGGAACAUUACUUUAUGCCUAGUGUAGAGCCAAUUUCAAAGCAUGCUAUUUGAUAAUGACACAUUAAUGUGUAUUCUCUCAAAGCACUACAGCAAUGUGUGUUAUUGCAAUUGUAGCUCAAAACCACUCACCCUUCCGUGGCAUGAAUUCAGACUACAUUUUUAUUAACUUUGUUAAUGGACCAGUUUCUCCUGACUCCUCUAUGAAAUGAUGCUGAUCUGGCUGGUCACUCCAUAUUAUAAUAGUUUGAAUAAUUCAUCCACCUGUUACCAUUAUAUGUAUAUAUACACUGACAUGUUAUAUAAGGUAUACCACAAGACUGCUACCGCUGACAGUAGUACAAACUAUAAUUAGUAACUAAUUUUGGUUGACAUAUGCAUACUAUCCUUUCUUAAGACCAGUAGUUUUUAUUCUCAUCCAUACCAUGUUUUUUGAAGUUGUAAUAUGGUAACCCAACACAAAUGUAAUUAAAACUAAUUAAAUUACACUAGCCAUCAUAACCAGUACUUGGUGAUGCAGAGGUUAUGGUGCUUCUAAACUGUAAGAGCCUUCCCUGGUUCUUGGUUCUUCAGAGCAUUUUGAGCCAAUCCUAGAACCCUCACUCCUACUAUCACUCACGGGAAUUGCUAGUGUAACAUCUGCAUUAAAAAUAUCAAUUGCAUCCAUAUUUUAAAGCCAUUCAUUGAUUGAGUGGAUCCUUUUUUUUAAUGUUUGUUAUCUUUUUGUCUUCUUUUUUUUAAUAGAUGGAUUGAUGGGGAGAAAUACGCCAGAUGAAUUUAACAAUGUAUUUUCAUUGCGGGAUUGUAAUAAUGAAGAUAGAGACAACCUUAAAACUGUACAUAGAAAGACAGCGAGAGAAUUGGCUAGAAUAUCUGAAAUACAGAUAGUUAAGGAAUCUGUCCUUGAUGGUAAAGAAAAUAUUACUUUAACACAAACGGGUCUUAUAUCUUCUCAUAUUAAGGAGGAACCAGCCUCAUGUGUAGAAAGAAAUAUCACAGACAUUAACACUCAUACAUCAAUAAAACAGAAGCAGACUGAAAAUAUAUCAACUCGUAUUAAAGGGGGAUCAACUUCAUUUACAGAGGAAAAUCUUAAAGGUAUGGACAUUUAUCCAUCUACACAACAUGCACACAGUGGAGAAACAUCAGUUCAUAUUAAGGAGGAAUAUUCCUCAGGUGAAGAAGGAAGAAGUCUCAGAGACAUGGACCCUUAUAUUCCGAUAGUACACACACACACUGGAGAUACAACUAUGCAUAAUAAAGAGGGAUUAGCCUUAUCUGCUGAAGAAAACCUCAUAAACUUGGGCAUUUAUAAAACCACAGAAAAUGAACACAGUGGAGAAACAUCAGCUAAUAUUAAGGAGGAAUUAUCGUCAUGUGAAGAAGGAAGAAGUCUCAGAGAUGUGGACACUUUUACUCCCAUAGAACAGAAACAGACUGGAGAUGUAAUUAUGCAUAAUAAAGAUAGAUCAGCCUCAUCCGCUGAAGAAAACCUUAUAGACAUUGCCAUUUAUCCACCCACUGAACAGGCACACACUGAAGAUGCAUCUUCUUAUAUUAAGGAAGAAUCAACCUCAAGAGGAGAAGAAAAUCUCACUAAACCCACAGAACAUACACUGACUGAAGAUACAUCUACUCAUAUAAAGGAAGAAUUAGCUUCAUGUGAAGAAGGAAAUAUCAUAGACACUGACAUUAAUACACCCACAGAACAUACGCAGAUUGAAGUUACGUCUACAUGUAUUAAAGAGGAAAUGGCUCCAUGUGAAGAAGCAAGUCCCAUAGGCACUUACACGAAUACACCUACAGAUCAUACACAGAGAGAUUAUUCAUCUACUCUUAUUAAUGAUAAGUCAGCCUCAUGUGGAGAAAUGAAUCUCGCAAACUCUGACAUUCCUAUACAGACAGAAUAUCAAUCUAUUCAGAUUAAGGAUGAGAAAUCAGACUCAAGUCAAGAAAGAAUUCUCAAAGACACUGACAAUUCUACACCCACAGAACAGACAAGGACAGAAGAUACUUUUACUCGUAUUAAGGAGGAAAAUCCCUUAAAUUCUGACAAUUCUACAUACCCGGCACCUACACAGACAGAAUGUCCAUUGUUUCAAAUUAGUGUGAAGUCAGGAUCAGGUAAACAAGGAAAACUAACAGAUGCUGGCAUUUAUAAACACACAGAACAUACAGAGACUAAAUCUACUCAUGUUGGGGAUAAAUCAACCCUGUAUGAUGAAGAAACUAUGGAAAUUGAUGAAUGUACAUCCAUUGGUCAAAGAUCUGAUCACACAAAAGAGGUGCCUACCUCAAGUAAGGAGCAAAGUCUGAUAGUUGGCGACCUUUCCUUUGGACAUACAGACAUACAAUCUAGUGCUAUUCCAGAACAUAAUCAGUGUGAUGAAAAUAUAUCCCCUGAUACAGAGGAUAGAAGUUCAAACAACAUAGAGAAAAUGUAUUAUUGCUCUGUGUGUCACAAAAGUUUUGCUAACAAAUCAGAAAGAUUUAGACACCAGAAAAGUCACAAAGAAAAGAAGUUGUCUUGCACUGAUUGUGGCAAAUGUUUUCAUUAUAGAUCUGAACUUCUUAUUCAUGAAAGAACACAUACAGGGGAGAAACCAUUUGUGUGUCAAGAGUGUGGGAAAGGUUUUGCCCAAAAUUCCUUCCUUAUUACCCAUCAGAAUGUCCAUCUUGGAGAUAAAACACUUGUAUGUCCUGAAUGUGGGGAAACAUUUAAAGAUAACUUAGAAUUUGUUAAGCACCAGAAAAGUCACAAGGAGAAAAGGCUGUCUUGUUCUUAUUGUGAGAAGCGUUUCUUUUAUCAAUCAGAUCUUACCAUACAUCAAAGAACUCACACUGGAGAAAAACCAUUUACUUGCACUGAUUGUGGAAAAAGUUUUGUCAGGAAUUCUUUUCUUGUUGCCCACAUGAGCAGCCACACAGGACAGAAGCCAUUUGCAUGUACUGACUGUGAGAAAUCUUUUUCUAGUAACAAUGAUCUUGUUAAACAUCGGAAAAUCCACAAAGAAAAAAAACUGGUGUGCUCUGAUUGUGGAAAACGCUUUCUUUAUAAAUCAGAACUUGCUACCCAUCAACGAUCUCACACAGGAGAGAAAGAAUUUGUGUGUUCUUAUUGUGAAAAGGGUUUUGCUUGCAAUUCACACCUUAAUGCUCAUCUAAAGAUUCACAUGGGAGAGAAACCAUACAAAUGCUCUUUUUGUGGAAAAGGUUUUGUCCAAAAAGUAGUUCUGGACAAGCACGUGAAAGUUCAUAUGGGACAAAAGCCCUAUGUGUGCAAAGAAUGCGGAAAGGGUUAUAUUGAUCAACGAAGUCUUGUCAAGCACCAGGUUAUACAUGCUGAAACGCAGUUCCCGUGUCCUGACUGUGGGAAAUGUUUUUCCGAUAAUGCUAGUCUUAUAAACCAUCAGAAAGUUCACUCUAGUGAAAAUCCCUUCACUUGUUCCUUCUGUGGCAAAGGAUUCGGUAGUAAUUCACUUCUUAUUGCUCACAAUAGGUGUCAUACUGGAGAAAAGCCAUUUUUAUGCUCUGACUGUGGAAAAGGCUUCAGCAGAAAGUCAACUCUUGUUGCACAUCAGAGAAUCCACACUGGAGAGAAACCAUAUGAAUGUACAGACUGUGGAAAGCGGUUUACACAGAAAUCUGAACUUAUUACACAUCACAAGAUUAAGAAGGGAGAGCGAUCAUAUUCUUGCACUGAAUGUGGAAAAUGUUUUGUCCUAAAAAGCUGCCUGAGUAGGCAUUUAAGAAUUCAUGCAGUAAAAGAGUAAACAUUAGUUUAAAAUAAACUAAAUACGUAUAUAUUUUUAAACAAAUUGAUGUUGACAUUUGGAAUGUCAUAUUGAGCCAUCUCCACUGCCCUAAUGCAAAAAUAAAAUUACAAAAAAACACUGUUUAGUACAUAUACCCCAAUUAAACCAGGCAUGUCUUUUAUUAUGCAUUUUUACAUUUUAUAUAUAUAUAUAUAUAAACGGCUUGCAGAAACUGUAGUUCUUCUGGCUGCAUCAUUUGCAAGCCUUUACCUUCUUCCCCAACCCAAAGAUUCUUUGGCUGUCCAAUCACGGACUUCCCAAGGAUAGUCUUUGUAAAGUAGGUGCUCUGGGCAAUUGUUACCUCUUGAGUUUAGCUUCACUGAGAUAAAAAAAAAAACCCAGAAAGUAAGAGGACCAGUUGUCUGACAGCCAGGAGAAUGUAAAAAGAUUAAUUUAUGAAAGUGCCACUUUCUAUUGAAAUUUGCACUUUUUUAAAAUGAAAAAGGAACUACACUCCUCACACAUAAAGCACUUUAAAGCUUAAGUGCUUUAGGGGUGGGAGUAUCACUUCAAACUCAGACAGGUAAACCGCAGAUAGUAGAUCGUUUGUGUUUUGAGAAGCUAAUUUCCUUUUACUUAGAGUGAGGUUAGUACUACCUGAUCUUUUUACAGCCCCUAACAAAUCAUCCCUUCUUCACCACGUACGUUUUACAACUUUAUAUAUUUUUUUUAAUUUUAAAAUGAUUUCUUUCACUUUAGACUUCUGUAGAACAUCUCCCAGAAGAACAUUUCCAUUGUUUCUAGUUUAUUUAUUUUUUCAUGAUUUCAUGGAGCUCUUAACCAAAUUUGGCCUUUUCUCCUACUAUGUAUGAACCUUGAGACUGUGUCUAAGCAUUCCCAGCUGCUGACAGGAACUUUCACCAGGAAACACAUGGACAGCUAACCACUACCGCAGCACCUCCAGAAACAUCCCCAAGUAGUAGGUAAAAUGGAUAGAGAGAAAAGAACGAGGAGGUUUCUGUAAAAUAAUAGGAAAAACCAUUACAAAAACCCACUUUCCCUAAUUCUGUGUCAUUUAAAUUAACUGUCGUAAGAUAAUUAGUGGAAAUACAGGAAUUUAUUAGUUAGGAGACUACAGUACCAGCAGUUAUUAAAAUUGAUGCCGCUUGUUGCUCUAAUAUGGAUGUAUCAAUUUCACAGUAGAUUGUUAGUGUAAUAAACUGAACUUUACAACUUAUAGUUGACCUUUUAUUACUUUAUUUUUGUUGCUAAUGUUGUAGAAGGGCAUUGCUUCAAAUGUCUUCUGCUGAUAGAGACAAAAAAAAAAAAGCUCAAGCCAUAAAAAGUCCAUUGUAACAUUUAUCUAGAGAUAGAGUGACCCAUUACAUAUACCUUUUGUCUGGAAAAGUGAUGUUUAGAUAACUGUGUUUAUAUGGUGAAGUAAACAUCCUGCUAACCAUCUUGUGGAUAAAGUCACAUGGACACAUAGGUGGGCAUCCAUAUUAGACUGCUUUCAUCAUGUCAGAAUUACAGGUAUGGGUUGAGUAGCAGAGGAUUAUCA